AUGGUGACCAGCAGCAGCAGCAGCACCGGCACCACCCAGCCUCCAAACACAGCCGUCGGAGACUCCUCCUCCUCUGUCUCUCCAGCGCCGCACCUCACCACCGGCAUCGUCAGCUUCCUCGCUCGCCGUGCCAUGACCACGCACCGAAAAUUCCACCAGCCCCGCGCGCCCCUCGACUCGCCGGGAUCCUCCACCGGCUCCAUCGACCCGGCGCCGUGGAGCACCAUGCACCAGCACCGCGCCCCGCCCGCCCCUCUGCUCCCAUUCGACACCAACGACACCGACGAAAUGCUCCUGCUCGACAUGAUCGCCCAGGAGGACCCCUCUGCCGUGGGGGCGGCGGUGAAGCAGGACCCCAGAGGAGAAGCAGAGGAGGCCACCCACCAACUGGGCGAGCCAGCAGAUGGGCCUGGUGGGCGGCCGUACCGCGGGGUGCGCAAGCGGCCGUGGGGCAAGUACGCGGCGGAGAUCCGGGACUCGACGCGCAACGGCGUGCGCGUGUGGCUGGGCACGUUCGACAGCCCGGAGGCGGCGGCGCUGGCGUACGACCAGGCGGCGUUCGCGAUGCGGGGCGCGGCGGCCGUGCUCAACUUCCCUGUGGAACGGGUCCGGCAGUCCCUGGAGGGCAUGGACGUGUGCGGCGGCGCGGGGUCACCCGUGGUGGCGCUGAAGCGGCGGCAUUCAAUGCGGAGGCGGCCAGCGAGCCGGAAGGCGAAGGCGGCGAGGAGCGAGGGGCGGCCGGAAGGCGUGAUGGAGCUGGAGGAUCUCGGGGCAGAGUACCUGGAGGCGCUGCUGGGCGCCUCCGAGGAGCAGAGUACCAGCAAGUCCUCCUCCUCCUGGUGUUUGAGCCACCACUCCGUGUGAUGAGUUGAACUCUCUCUCCAUCACCAUCAUGCUCGCAGUCACUCUUGGCGGGCUUCACAACAACUUAACAGAGUUGGUGAUAGCUUCAAGACGAUCGAUGGACCAAUAUGAUUUUGUUUUUCUUUCGUCUUGUUUUGAUCAAUCUCCUCUUAGCAUUCGAAUCGGUAUCUUAGGAGUAGAGUACUUAGCUUAAUUUUCUUUGAAUUGAAGAAAUCGAUUUGAGAAAUCAAGAGCCGAGUUUGAGACAAGCUUUGAGGCGCCAAAGGGCUUGUGUUUGA